AUGCCGAAACAAGGUAACGUCGGGGUCUACCGGGCCUUCCGAAGCGAGGUCGACGCGAGACCUCGGCUGCGACCUCACGAGAACCUUACGACGCAUUGGGCGUGUACCGGAGAAAAUGGUCAUUCAUUGGCCAUCACGAUGGAUAAAACUGAGGAGGGGUGGAGAUUCACCCUUGCAACAGCAGCCGAGCCUUUGGAGAGUGAACGGCAGGUGGUCAAUAACCUCUUUCGUCUAUUUCAAGACAAGAACACCCACAUGGAGAGCCUUUUCAACACAGCCAUUUGCACCGGCGUGGAGCGGGUCAAGAAAUUGAUCGGAGACGUAAAGACGCACCUCAAAUUCUUCGCAGAGGCGUCAUUCAUACGCGAGGUUGACAUGUGGGGAGACUGCAAAACGGAGAUACCGAGACUUGAAUGGGUCCAGGAGCAAUUUGAAGCAAGAGAAUCCCUUUCCCCCGCUGACUAUCUGAAGCGACUUUUCAUCGCGCUGCGUGAGGAUAUACAUUCACUGGUCGGCACCAUCACGCCCGAGAAUAUCAUGGAGGGAACGAUGUUGACUCGAGUAUACCGCACGUGUUGCCUCUAUUCGAGGUCUGUCGCCACCAUUGACCACUCCGCUAGCCUGAUGUCUGCACUAUUGGCUCUCGGUCGAUACGCCGGGGCGGCAGCUCGGACUUCGAACUUGAUUCCUACCCUGGAAGAAACAAUUAGCUAUAUCUGGGACACGGGCAUCGCAGUCCCUCCAGCCCCACGAGUGCUGGAUCUUCAGCCUACGAUCUACGAUGCGUUAGCAACGGGGGGAUUCAUUGAACAAUCAUCCGCCCAGGAACAGGAGAACGACAGGGCAGAAGUCGACUUCGUGCUCGAGCUCACUUCAGGAAACGAUAAGGUCACUCCAUUGAACGACCGAGUCACGGUCUUUCUCCAUCCCGCGCUGCGACUUAUACUCCUUGCCAAAGCUACCACCGAACGUAUCGUGGGCGUCAGCGACGACCUCUGCUUUUGCUGCAAACAGUGGGUUGAAUAUCACAAUGAGUCAAUCGAGAGUAAGUGGCACAUUCGCCCAGGACUUGAUCUACCGGACCCUACUUGGAUGUAUCCACCCCAGCAGCCAUGUAAUCCAAAGGUGGGGGCGCUUGUUGUCGAAUGGACCCAUAUAGACUGGUAUCAUUCCGCAUCUAUGGUCUUUCGGUUCGUGGAAGGCUCCUGA